UGGCUGGUACUGAAGGACUCCUAUCUAGUGGUGCUGAAACCGCAGAAGCUGGUGGAGGAGGAGGAGGAGGCGGAGGGUGAGGAGGGGGGACGGUCCAAGAGACGCAAUAAAGCCGGCAGUCAGGAGACGGUCUCCACGGUUGCCGACGUUGAGAACGGUCAGAUGACGCAUGCACCACAUCGACAUGGCUGGCAUCGUGGUCGACGUUGGCGCUACUGUAAAGUCGUACUCAUCGACCAGUUCUUCAAUUACUGCACUCAAAACUCCAGUGUGGGACCUGUUUUCCGCGUCAGGAAUAUGCAUGGGUGA